AUGACGAACCCUGAACUGAAGGCACUUAGCAAGUUGGAUCCUAAAAUAUUACCGGCAGAGCUUGAAGCAGUACACAAAAGUGUUUCUGUGGCACGUGUACCGUCAUGGAUGGCUCAGAUCCCAAACACUGUUGGAACCCCGGGUAAUAGCUCACUCAAAGCAGCACAGUGGCUCAUCCUUUACUCAGUUCAUUUUGCUCUUACUCUUGUACCAAUCUGGCAACUGAAUUCUGAAAAUCCUCACCGCGAGGUCCUCCUUGCCAGCACUAUUGAUCUUAUAUCCAUGACAAACUUCCUCACAUCUCGAACUAUCAGUACCAGUGAUCUCGACUGGUAUUCACAAACGAUGAUCAAUUACCGUACCACCCUCUCAAAUGGCUGGAAAGGCCAGCCGACAUGCAAACCCAACUUGCACAUGUCACAACAUUAUCCAGAGCAUAUCCGCCGCUUUGGCCCCCCAGCAUCGACUUCCUCCUGGGCACACGAGCGGCUAAACGGAAUCCUUGGGAAAAUAUCAACAAACAACCAAUUGGUGAACUUAAACAAAACCAUUUCUGAAAAAUGGAACGCGAAAUCCCAGCUCAUCUCCCUGAUCAAGCAGUCGGUUGAAAUAGUCAAAAAACUGCCAUCUGAAAUUUUGACGUGCAUGACGAGCAUGAAAAGUCAUCAAAACAACUCAAAAAUAUCUAACCGGGGAAAUCUAGAUGAACUGUCAUUCAAUCAGUGGAUAUCAGUAAUCCGCACCCCGAACAACGUACCAUUACCGAAUGUCAAAAUAUCCCCUCUAGUUCAAUUCCACCGAUCAGUGAUAUUGAAAAGAAAGUCCUACAGUGUUCAAAAGAAACAUAUUGGUGAUUCCACGAUCCAAUUCGAAUACCAGAAAUCCGUGAAAUUUGGCUGCGAUAUCCACGUAUUUUCUGUAGACUAG